ACUUGAGCAGUACAUGCAUCCCUUGAAUUGAAUUGUGGAUGGAUAUUGCCAUUCAGUGAUGCAUAUUUUUAGAUGAUGAAGGAUAUUUCUUAAAGGCAAGCUGUUGGCAGUUAAAAAUAGCUACACAUUGUGCAUUUGCUGAGAAUGCAGUCAAGCUCUGGCGACAGGUUGUUAUGGUUUGACUAUCCUAAGUUAUGCAAUAUCGAUCUUUGAAAUUGCCUUUGUGAAGAUGAAGCUUUCAGAGACAGCACUCCAUUUUGGACCCUACGUAGUCUGAGGGUGUCUUGGACUUUUCUACGUAUUUGCAUAUUCCUAAACAAAUUGGAGGACAAUGAGGGCUUUUUGUUUUUUGCAUAUUUUCACACUCUUCAGUGAAGUUUCUUCCACCUCACUUUGUUCAAUGGGAAAAACUUGAGCCAGUCUCAUAGUAGCUGUGUUGUUUAACCAAGUUGUCCAUACUGAGCCAAAUCCUUAGAAAUCAUGUGCCAUGUACAGUUAUUUAAUUUUUUUUCAUUUCUGACUGAGAAAUAAAUCACUUUCAGCAUAUAUUUGGCUAUUUAGGGUUUGAACCUGGGUUUUUGCAGUAUGAAAUAUUCCUAUAGUCGUGCAAUGAAUUAACUUGUUUCACAUUUUUGGGAAAUGAUUUUGUAUGCAUCAGAACAUUUUUUAUGGCGAUACAUGGCUCAUUAAUACAGCAGUUCAAUAUUAUUAAUAUGAGGCAUUGCAUUAAUUGCUGCAUACAAUUAUUGCCAAAUGACUUACACAGACAGUGUUUCAGAUGUCGUCGGCAUAAUCAUAACAACCAGAAGUGUCCUGUGUGCAAAGGAGAAAGUAAAAUUCCUUUCUAUGUUGAUAGCAAGCAGAUGAACUUGCUUGCGGUUUUGGAAGUAAGGACUGAUCACCAUGAAAGCUGGAAUGGAUUAUUUUGCUUGAAGAAAGGAAAGCUAUGCAGCUUAAUAUUUGGGUUGAUUAUAAUGACUCUAGUGAUGGCGUCAUACAUAUUGACUGGAGCCAAACAUGGCAUGUUGCUAAUACCAUCGCCAUUCCAUUAUGGAGCUUUUACCAACAAUCCAAACUUAAUGGACAACGAAAGCGUUAGUGAUGUAAAAGACCAUUACCAGCCUUGGAAAAUUAAUAUUUCAUAUAUAAAAGAUUAUCCAAGCAUUAAAUUAAUUAUUGAAACUAUAACUUCAAAGAUUGAGUUUAUAACAAGACAGCGACCAGAUUUAGAGGACCUGAAGAAACAAGAGCCUCAUAUGUUUUCAGUAAUUCCUAAUAAAUUCCUUCCAAAAAGCAAGAAUCCGUGUUGGUAUGAAGAAUACAGAGGAAACAUUACUGCAAAUCCUUACACAACAAACUCAUAUGCACUGUAUUCAAAGCGUUUUCGAACCAUAUUCGAUUACCUCAGAAAGGUGUUUUGGAACCACUUGUAUCAGUAUAAGGACAAACACUAUCGACUGCGCUGUCUUCCCCAUUUCUACAUUAUAGGCCAGCCAAAAUGUGGAACAACAGAUCUGUAUGACAGACUGAGGUUACAUCCUGAUGUUAGAUUCUCAGCAAUUAAAGAACCACACUGGUGGACAAGAAAACGAUUUGGAAUAAUUCGUCUGAGGGAUGGCUUUCAUGAUCGCUACCCAGUGGAGGAUUACCUUGAUUUAUUUGACUUGGCAGCACACCAGAUUCAGGGUGUGUUGCAGAGUGACUCAACAAAAGAGCAUGCCAGGAUGAACAAGAUCAUAAUCGGAGAGGCCAGUGCUUCAACAAUGUGGGAUAACAAUGCUUGGAUUUUCUUCUAUGACAACAGCACUGAUGGAGAGCCUCCAUUUUUAAUCCAGGAUUUUAUCCAUGCCUUCCAGCCAAAUGCCAAACUCAUCGUCAUGUUGAGGGAUCCAGUUGAAAGAUUGUACUCUGAUUAUCUCUACUUUGCAAGUGCUAAUAAAUCUGCAGAAGAUUUUCAUGAAAAAGUGGCAGAAUCACUGCAGCUGUUUGAAAAUUGCAUGCUGGAUUACUCACUGAGAGCCUGUGUCUACAACAACACCCUUAACAAUGCCAUGCCUGUGAGGCUACAGGUUGGCCUUUAUGUUGUAUAUCUCUUGGACUGGCUGACUGUCUUUGACAAAGAUCAGAUUCUAGUUCUCCGCUUAGAGGAUCAUGCAUCCAAUGUCAAAUACACUAUGCACAUGGUCUUCCAGUUUCUGGAUUUAGGGCCUUUAAGUGAGAAACAGGAAGCCCUGAUUACCAAGAGUCCUGCAUCAAACACUAGACGGCCUGAAGAUCGAAGUCUGGGACCCAUGCUACCAACAACAAAGGCUAUUCUAAGAGAUUUCUAUAGGCCUUUUAAUACAAAACUGGCUCAAGUUCUUUUUGAUGAUGCUUUUUUAUGGAAAAAGACAUAAUAAGUAAAUUCAGUGCAGAAAAUACAGUGCUCAAAGGAGUUUUAUUUUUUUAAAUUCUAUUUUUGUGCAUGGGUAUUUACGUUUUACCCAUUCCAAAGAGAAGUAAAUCUAAUGAGAUGAGAGUUGUGUCUCACCCUGGCUAUAUCAUAUUUUCUGUGGGAGAAUGUAAAUCAUCAUCUUAUCAAUCUCCUGCAUCUUCUUUUCCCCCUAACAAAAGAGAGCAGAAAUAGCAUUGGUAUGAAGGAGUUCCCUUACACUGUCUGCUGGGAUUUUGAAAUGUAAUCUUCUCUAAGACAGUUCAAUAUGAUUGGCAUCGGUCUCCUAAAAUUACAUGUAAAUUCCCACUUUCAAGAUAAGUCAUUCAUUCAAAAUAUCCUUUAGCCACUGAAAUUUAACUGAUAGGUGGAUAUUGUCAAAAUAAAACUAAUUCUGGAUUGAAUUCAAUUAAGCUCCCUAAGUAGCUUGUUUGAUAUAUAAAGGCAAAGCCGUGUGACUUUUAAAUAGAUAAUUACAUUUAUGAUUCCAUGCCUAAUUAAUCCCUCCAAUUUAGCUUUAUUCUCAGACACUACAGUUUUGAGAGAGAAUUGAUAUUCCAUGCAAGAAUCAGUAACUUCAAAGUGUUCAAUCAAAUAAAGUUAUGCCCAGUAUUUAGCACAAGUUCAUGCAUUUCAUUUAGUUCCUCAUUUUCUUUGUUUACUUGAAUCAUCACACAUGUUCCCAACAAAACAAUAAGGGGCUUCAUGUAAACUCCAUUGAUGUGAAUGAGAAGCUUACUUCAGUGGACUUUGGAUUGGGUGCUCCAUGAAUUAUUACUUAAUAUUUAGUUAUGAAGAAAUAUGGUGCAUCUUGGAAACCAUCUUAAAACGGUCAAUAAAUUAAUGCCAUACAGUAGCACACAUCAGGUUUAAUGCCCUGCAUACUAGUAAGAUAGAUACUAAUGAAAUUGCACACUUUCUUUGUUUCUCUCUGUUCAGGCAGUUUGUAUGCAUGAAGUCCAAAGUCAGUUCAGAUGCACUGAGAGAAAAAGUCAUUUCAAGUGUUUUGGGAAAAUGUUGCGUUAUUUUAAAACUUUGAUUUAGAUGGUUAAAUUGCAUACAUAAACAGCUGAUAUAUAUGUAUAUACAAUAUUUCUAGCAUUUUAUUUAAAAUACAAAGGGCUAAAUUUAGCUUCCAGUUGCAAUGAAGGCAAGAUUUGGCUCAACAUAAGCUAUUAAGAAUGUAACUUUGUUUUUCCUUUUUUUAUAUAUAAACUAUAGCAGAUUAUAAACAUUGAGGCACUUCCUUCUGUGUACUUUAUUUUCAAGGGCUAGAUGGUUUCUUCAGAUCCAAAUUGUAUCAACUAAUGUCAAUGCUCCAGAGUUUAGAGAAUCUAUUCUAGCCGGCUUUCCUGUGCCCUUAUUCAGUAUGCUGUCAUUCUGUUUUAUGCUUUGUCCCUAAUACAGCUGGCUGAGUUCUGAAAAGCAGAUUGACAAUUAUAUUUACAAAUAGUUGGACUGAUUCACUACAUAUCAUGUACAGGCUGAUAUUAGUUGCUGUUCACCAAUGUUCUCUAAACUGACAGAACUGUGAACUUUUACAACUCCUGAACAUUUCAUAAAUGUUCAUACAAGUGAUUUUUCAUAUGAGAAUUCAUGGUAAUAGUGCAUUAUUGGUUAUUUGCAAUUUGGAGAGCUCUGGUUUAUAAAAGAUUCAGUCAUCCAAUUAGGGGACAGAAACCAAACCAGCUUAGGUAACUGAUUACACACCACAAAUAUGGAAGAGUUUUCAGACACUUAUAAAUUGAAAAUUGUUCACGGGAACUAUUUAGUUUAUCCUUAGAAAUUAUUAAUAAGGUUGCAGACAUUGGAAUAGAUUCAGCUACAAUGUGUGAUUGGGGAAAAAAGUUAUAAACCUUCAACAGAUGCUGUUCACAGUGAUUAAUCUGGCUGGUCCCAUUCUAUAUUAGAUUCAGCACUGCAGGGACAGGGAAAGGGAAUGAAAAAUAUCAAAAGCUUUUCCAAGGGUUCUCAGUGGAAGAUCAUUGUAUUGAACUAGCCUGUCACAGGUUUCCAUUCAGUUGUCUAUAACACCAACUCUGACCUUCUGGUAUGGAUUUACCAAUGCUAAAUGUUAAUGAAUUUUUCAUUAGCGCUCAGUAUCGAGACUGGCUACAUAACCAUACCACAUUGGGCCAAAUUGUGUAAUACUAAUUCAUGCUAGGGAGCUCCAAUUCUCACAAGUAGACCCAUUGAAUUCAGUGGUUGUCAGGGAGAUUCUCCUUUGCCUGGGUGUGUAGUUUUAAAUCACAAUCUAGCCCUUUGUGAUCCAAACCUUUGUUUAAGUUUGAUUUGCCCCAGCACCAUGCUGGGCCAUUGCUCAGUAGUAACGUUCAGAAGGAAAGCAUGCUUCCUAUCUAAUUACCAGCACUAAAUCCUGCAGCACCCUCUUUUUGCUGGAGAUUUACAAUCCAAGUGUGGACAAUGAUGGGAUCGCAGCUGGAGAGCUACAGGCUGGAUGGCAAGCAGAUCAUGGACAGCUAUAUAUGGGAAAGAUGCUAGACAGAUAAUUGAUUACAAAAAGAAGAAAAAAAGGCAUUGAUCCAGAAAUGGAAAGAUAGAAAAAUAAUCCAUGAAGGUUUGGAGAGAUCAGAUUUAAUUUGUGCUGAAAGAAAGUGCUGCUAAAUUGACAUAGACAAUGGAUCUCUGUUUAAAUGGGCACAUUUUGAGAGUGAAAGCACAGACGUAUAUCCCAGUGGGACUCUCAAGAGAGAUAGGAAGUUUUAAGGUUAUCGUCAUACAUUUGCACAUGAAUUGGGUCCUAAGGCUGCAUUUAAGUAGAAGAGCUGUGCUCCAAACUACAUACUUUAUCAAGACCCAAUUAACUGCUAGGCCCUUUUUCUUAUUUAUGUUCUUCCCUAUCGUUACUGAUUUGCCUGGGUACUGCAGUCAUUUGGAAAAUGGAAAUAGCCAUCUUUUGAAGUAGGCUGCAUUUCUCUUGAGGCAGCACCAGAAUAUGACAUCAUAAUUUGAUAAAUGCAUUUUGUCAUCAACAAGUACAAGAAAAGACAUAGUGAGGAAAUAAUUCAUAUAAGGUUCAGAUAUCAUUUGUUAAUAGCCAAAAUUGAGGUGUGGGAGAGGGGAGUAUAUUGAAUUGUUGCUCCAUAAAAGAAUGGUACUUGGUUUUGUUAGUAUUCCACAAAGUGCUACAUUAACCGUUCUGGAAAUCAAAUCGUCGUCUUUGGCCAGAAAAUAGGUAUAUUGCAGCAGCAAAGCAAGCUUCCUAACACUCCCCACCUAACAGCUUUGCACCAGAUAUUGCAAAGACUUCAUAUCUGAGAAGGUGGUUCAGUUCCCAUAUUCAUAUAGUUCCUCUGUUUCUCUGUAAACCAAUAAUUUGAUGAUGGUAACUUUUGGGCAUGGCAGAUCUGGGGUGGACUCAGUAAAAAAAAGGGGAUUCCAGAAACCCCACAAUGAUAUUUUAAUUUGAAAUGUAUAUGUAUGUUCACUGUAACAUGUUCCAAUGAUUGCCAAAGCACGGCAGAGACUCUUCAGAAACUGAAGAAGUUGGAAUGAGUAUGUUUGACUUUCUGCUUCCACUUUUCCCUCUAGAAUUACAGUAAUCAGGAGAAACGAGAGAUAUCCUGAUUCCAAAGUCAGUGAGGGAAGGGUCACGUCCAAAGGCGGUGUCACUGCAGGGGAAUGUGAAACGUGUUUUCUGUGAGACUGUCUGUGUUAAAUCCAAGAAGCUUUGAUAGCUGGAAGACAAGCAGUGAAAACAUUCAACAACAAAAUGCCUCCUACUGAGACGGACAUAGAAAAUGAUACUUUGUUAUCUGUUGAUUUCAGUGCAUAGGUUUGUAUGCUUCAGCCUAAUAAACUGAAGAUAAGCAAUGAA